UAGCCUAUAGUUUUUAUCAAUGCUUCAAACGAAUUAACAUUUAAAAUUUGAGCGACACAAUGUUAAAAUGGUAGUAUCGUCUUACCCUUUAACUAUUGAAUGCGUGUGGGAAAGUUCUAAAAAUAGAGACACGUAACCGAUUAUAUUUUCAUUCAUAAACGCAUUCCUGGUGGCGAGGCUGGACUAGUAAAGAAAUGAGAAUUAGUUGGGCAACAAAAUAAAGAGGAAACCGUGUCGAUAUGGCAAAUGAAGACUCUUUGUACAAUGAAUCUGAAAAACGGUAUUUCCGGAUUGAUUCCAUGAUCAAAGUCGAAGGACCAUUUGUUCUCCGAAAAUUGUUAGCCACGUUGAUUGGGCUUAAAGAUUUGGAUACUUUACUUAACCAAGGCUUUGUCAAAAGAAAAGUGGACGAGGAUUACAGGAAAAAGUUAAUAAAGCGUGAACAAUACAAUUUGCUUAAUACGGUGACUUUGGAUAUAAACGACCUUGAUGUCACAUUACUUAGCUAUCUCAUUAGAGCACUGCAUCCAAGAAUCAAUUCAAAUUCGAAUGUCUGGAAAACCCCAAGUCCGAUUGACUUUUCACCAGAAGCUGAUACCACGCGACUAAGGGAUAUGAGAAAUCGAUGGUGCCAUCCUGGUAUCGUGAAGCUUACAGAAGUCGAAUUUGAAAACAGCUACAGUGAACUUCAUGGGGUUUUAUGUCGACUAGCAAAACACUGUGGGGAUUCAACCCUUACAUUUGCCGGAAUGUCAACUGUUCUUGAAAACAAAAAGAAAUCAAAAUUUGACCCGAAGCCAACUUGCAAGGACAUAUCUACAAGUGUUUCCAGUAGCCUGGAAAAUUUCGAUAUGCGCAACAGAUCAGAUAUAAUAGACACACAAUCAUCCUCACAGGAUGGUGAAGAAGAUCGUACCGCUAACGACUGCAUUCAAUUUGCAUCUUGUGAAACCUCUUCAAUCGACAGCGCCUCAGUACGUAGCAUAGAAAGUAGUUAUACAUUGAUGAAAACCAACAAAGACGUUAAAGACGUAGGUACUAGCACAUCUUCACUGUUAAACAAACGUAAACUGUCUUUUAUAAUUAAAACAUACUUGCAGCCAUUCGUUUCAUCACCAAAACCCGUGACCGUAAAAGAUGAACAGCGUGAUAAGAUCGAUUUGCCAACGCGAAAGAGAAGAAAGUCAGAGAAAGUCAAGGAAUAUUGCGAAACCUGUGGGUGCUGCAAAGCGAAGCCGCCAUACCAACUAUAUUCACAAUUACAGCUAGGCGUACACAGUGGAAGUAGCCAUUUUUGUAAAAUUGAAGCCAUUGUUCCUGUAGGAAAUGGGCGUCUACUUGUCUCAGACACAACUCACGACUCGAUUCUCGUUUUCACCAAGGAAGGUAGAGUCAUUUGUGAAAAAGGACUUCCUACCCCGACCGGAAUCUGCAGGGAUGGAGAUAAUAUAGCUGUUAGUCUCCAGAAGCACGGUAAAAUAAUUAUAUUCACAUUGUGUGAGGACACACUGGAAGAAACCCGAGAAAUAAGUAUGGACUGUCACCGUCAUCAUUACGACAUAAGAUCCGACUUUAAGUACUUCUAUGUUCUUUGUGAAGACGGGAAAAUACACCUCGUUGACAAAUCACGAGGCGUUUUCCAGGGAAAUAUCGAGACAAAUUUUCAAUCAAUCAGGAGCUUUGAUGUUGAUCCCAAAGGCAAGCAUUGCUUUAUUUCAACUGCCAGCCAAAUCCAUUGCAUAGAUAUCUUAUCGAACAUAGUGUGGUCCUAUCCCCUCAACCACACUAGAGCAAAAACUUGCCACAAUUUGGAAGGAGUAAUCGUUCACAAAGAUCUAGUAUUUGUAGCGGAUUGGGGUCGGAGUAGCAUACUUGCGAUAUCCGUUCGUGGUAAACUGAUCUCAGAACUAGGCACAGGCGUAAUUGUAAGCCCGUGGAGAAUUGGUGCUGUUGACAAUUUGCUUUUUGUUUCGCAAUAUGCUAGUUUCAGUUUUCAGAGCACGUGUAGUGAAAUUGUUGUGCUGAAGAAGCGAUGAACAAUAUAAAAAAUAUGUAUUCACAUGUAGUGUAGAUGUUUAAAGUAUGCCAUAUGUUAUUCUGUUAGAUACAAACUCCUUUUGUGAAAAUUAUUAAUGAACAUUUAUGUAAUAGACUAUGUAACUGUGAGCAAUUUUCAAACUUAAUUUCCGUUGAAUAGGUUUGUUUUUCGAUUUGGCAAUUUGACGAAGUUGAAGGUCAUGGUUGCAACUCGGUAACAAAUGAGUGGUGGCUAUUUUAGUCUUGUGGUUAGCUGAUAUCAUUGCAUACACCCAAAUGUCCUAGUUUAUACAAGGAGUGGUUAGAUUUUUUGAAUGAAUUUGUAUUUGUUUGGCGAGGUUGAUAAUUUAUGAUGCAGCUAUUUUACACGUAAAUUGAAUCUAUUACCAGAUGCAUAAUGAUCCCUAAUAUUCAUAGUAACCAUGUAUAAUAUUACCAUUAUAAACUAACGCAUUUAUAUUUUAUCAUAACAUACAUGUACCUGCUAAUAUUUGUAAAGUUAUAAAAUAUUUUUUUUAUAUUUCUUAUACAUGAAGAAAAUUAAUUUAAAAAUAAAUAAAUGAUGUAAUAAAAUAUUCGACAUUC